GCGCUUCUUCCUGGGUCGUGGUAGCCAAUCAGGAGGCAGCAGAGCGGUCAACAGAUCUGUGAGCUCUGAGCAGCAGCGGCGGAGAGAGAGGACGCAGCCUCGCGCACACAGCUUCUUCGCCUUCACACAGCCUCGCAAGAUCCUGCAACAUGUCCAUCCUGAAGAUCCACGCUCGUGAGAUUUUUGACUCACGUGGAAACCCCACGGUUGAGGUUGACCUCUACACUAAGAAAGGUCUCUUCAGAGCUGCAGUGCCCAGCGGUGCUUCCACCGGCAUCUAUGAGGCCCUCGAGCUCCGCGACAAUGACAAGACCCGCUAUCUGGGCAAAGGGGUGAAAAGAGCUGUAAAAUAUGUAAAUGAGUUCUUGGCCCCAGCUUUGUGUAACCAGAGCGUGUCUGUCCUGGAGCAGGAGAAGAUUGACAAACUGAUGCUUGAUAUGGACGGCACAGACAACAAAUCAAAGUUUGGAGCGAAUGCCAUCCUGGGUGUGUCCCUGGCUGUGUGCAAGGCUGGAGCUGCUGAGAAAGGUGUCCCACUCUACCGCCACAUCGCUGACCUCGCUGGCAACCCAGAGGUCAUCCUUCCAGUUCCUGCCUUCAACGUUAUCAACGGUGGUUCCCACGCCGGCAACAAGCUGGCCAUGCAGGAGUUCAUGAUCCUGCCAGUUGGGGCCAGCAGCUUCAAAGAGGCCAUGCGCAUUGGUGCUGAGGUCUACCACAACCUGAAGAAUGUCAUCAAGGAGAAGUAUGGCAAGGACGCCACCAAUGUGGGAGAUGAGGGUGGCUUCGCUCCCAACAUCCUGGAGAACAAAGAAGCCCUGGAGCUCCUGAAGAACGCCAUCGGCAAGGCCGGCUACACCGAUAAGAUUGUAAUUGGAAUGGAUGUGGCUGCCUCUGAGUUCUACAAGAGCGGCAAGUACGACCUGGACUUCAAGUCCCCUGACGACCCAAGUCGUUACAUCUCUCCCGACCAGCUGGCUGACCUCUACAAGAGCUUUGUGAAGGAUUAUCCUGUUGUCUCCAUUGAGGAUCCCUUCGACCAGGAUGACUGGGAGGCCUGGUCCAAGUUCACCGCUAGCACGAGCAUCCAGGUGGUGGGUGAUGACCUGACUGUGACCAACCCCAAGCGUAUUUCAAAGGCAGUGGCUGAUAAGGCCUGCAACUGUCUGCUGCUCAAGGUCAACCAGAUCGGCUCCGUCACAGAGUCCCUGCAGGCCUGUAAGAUGGCACAGUCCAAUGGCUGGGGUGUGAUGGUCAGCCACCGCUCCGGAGAGACCGAGGACACCUUCAUUGCUGACCUGGUGGUCGGCCUCUGCACUGGCCAGAUCAAGACUGGCGCCCCCUGCCGAUCAGAGCGUCUGGCCAAGUACAAUCAGCUGCUAAGGAUUGAGGAGGAGCUCGGAGACAAGGCUCGCUUCGCCGGCCAGAAAUUCAGGAGGCCCAUCUGAAGAGCGGACCCUGUCUGGAUGUCUUUACGAUAGUCACACUCCCACACAUAGAGCCACGCGAAGUUACUCUCUCCAGACCAGAGGGAAUUUGGAAAGGCAUUGAAAUUCAAGGUCCAAGUCAAGUCUGCAAGCUACGGCACGCUGCUUCUGUGCCAACAAGUCCUCCCAUUCUCCUCAGCCCUGGCACCCAAAUAACACUGGUCCUUUAAUUAUGUCUUUGUAUUUCUGUGAGAGAUCUUUGUUUUGCUUCUUGUGAGCUGUAGUGAAUAUCUGGUUCUCUGUUGUUCAGUGUGCUGCGGUGUGUAGCGCAAAACUGUGUCCGUUGUGUUGCCUUUGAGAAGCUGUAGUGUUGCUGUAAAGCGUGGCAUAACAACAAAUAAACUAUACCCACGUGGAAGAGUGUUA